CUAGCCACAUGGUAAUAGGAUGCGUAAAGUAAAGUCGGCGGGACAUAAGAACAAGCGGUGCCGGGAUGUUACCGAAUAGCUGAUCCGCGAGAGAUGAAGCACGUUUGCAACCGGUGGCUUCGAGGAACAAGAGAAGAUUGUUGAGACGUGAACACGGCCAUCACGAGUCUGAGCGCAGCACUGUUCGGCAUUUCGCGUCUAUGUACACGCGCGCCCAAGGCUUAUCGCUUAACCUCACCCUGCCGAGCAUUGCCGAAUAUGGACGGACAGCGUUGCGGGGCGCUAGCCGGAUUCGAGGCCAAGCAAUGUAAUUGGUCGAUCGACGUCAUCAGAUUUGAUCGCGCACUAACGAGUUCCGAAUAAAGUCAAGCUCAAGUCAAGUGUGGGGUAAUCGCGCUUGUUCCGAGCUCUCCCUCCUCCCGCUGCACGACCAUGUCCAAGUUCGAGCCCAACGGCAGAUCCGCCGUCAAGCGCACGUUCGCAGGCCAAGGCAGACUUCCCAAGCUUCCCAUCCCGCCAUUGGAGGAGACCUGCCGCCGAUACCUGACGGCUCUCAAAGCGUUACAAAGCGACGAAGAACACGAGCUCUCGGCAGCUGCAGUCAAGGAGUUUCUAGAGACGGAUGGACCGAGGAUACAGGAAGUGCUGCUGAAGUGGGCCGAGGGUAAAGACAGCUACAUCGAAGAGUUCUGGUAUGAAUCUUAUCUGUCCCACUCGGAUCCCGUUGUAUUGGCGUUGAAUCCGUUCUUCGUCCUCGAGAACGACCCGUCGCCAGAUCGCGGGCUGCAGCUUCCCCGGGCGGCCUCGCUGAUCGUUUCCUCCCUCGGCUUCAUUCACGAUCUACGUGCGGAGAUUCUUGAACCGGACAAUGUGCGAGGUGUGCCCUUGGACAUGGACCAGUACCGCCGUCUCUUCGGCACUGCGAGAAUACCCACUCUGCGAGGAUGUAAGAUGCACAGCAACCCGAGUUCGAGACACAUCGUUGUGCUUCGGCGGGGCCAGUUCUACUGGUUUGAUGUGCUUGACGAGGACAACCUCCCUGUGCUGACGGAGCGAGAAGUUAUCCGCAAUCUGCAAGCUAUCGUCGAAGAUGCAGAUAAGACCCAUAUAUCCGAGGUGGCCCGCGGUGCGAUUGGUGUGUUGUCGACGGAGAAUCGCAAAGAAUGGUCCCGGCUCCGGACGACUCUCUCGACAGACAGUCACAACGCUUCCUGUCUCGAGAUUGUAGACAAUGCAUUGUUCAUCGUUUGUCUUGACGAUGCGGCGCCCAAAGAUCUCGCGGAGCUCUGCGAUAACUUCCUCUGUGGAACCUACCAGCUUGACGGCGGCGUCCAAAUCGGAACCUGCACCAACCGGUGGUAUGACAAGUUGCAGAUUAUCGUGUGCGCCGAUGGAGCUGCUGGGAUCAAUUUCGAGCAUACGGGUGUGGAUGGACACACUGUUCUCAGAUUCGCCGCGGACAUCUUCACCGAGGGGCUCAUGCUUCUCGCGCGCUCAAUCAAUCCCUCCGCGCCGACACUAUUCCAUGCGCCUCUUUCCCCUCACGCCAAGUCCUUUAAGCCGCCCAAAGGCAAGGUGAAUGGUGUCUCACCUGUGCGCUCUACGAUCGACACCACGCCCAAGAAAUUGGAGUGGCAGUUGUCAUCGGAGCUGCGGGUCGGGAUCCGCUUUGCCGAGACGCGUCUGAGCGAUCUGAUCUGCCAGAAUGACUGCCAGGCGUUAGAGUUCAGCGGCUACGGCAAGAAUUUCAUCACAAGUCACGGAUUCAGUCCGGACGCUUUUGUCCAGAUGGCAUUCCAAGCAGCUUAUUUUGGGCUUUAUGGCCGAAUCGAAUGUGUGUAUGAGCCUGCAAUGACCAAGUCGUUUUUACACGGACGGACGGAGGCUAUCCGAUCCAUUCAGCCGCAGAGUGUGGCGUUCACAAAGGUGGCCUUUUACUCGGAUGCUUCGGCUUCCGACAAGAUUGCGGCCCUGCGAAAGGCUUGUGAAGGCCAUGUUGCGCUUACAAAGGAAUGCAGCAAAGGGUUGGGUCAAGACAGGCAUCUGUACGCGUUGUACUGUCUGCUCCAGCGUCAGAUGAGCGGCGAGCUGGAUUCAUCUCCGGACGACCCUGCUCCAUGGACUGGGAGUCCGAAGACGAUGCCCACGAUAUUUACUGACCCUGGAUGGAGCCUUAUCAGCACGUCCAUUUUGUCUACAUCCAAUUGUGGUAAUCCGGCUCUGCGACUGUUUGGAUUCGGCCCAGUCGCAGCUGACGGGUAUGGUAUCGGAUAUAUCAUCAAGGAGGACGGACUUUCGAUUUGUGCUUCGUCGAAGCACCUCCAGACUCGUCGCUUCCUAGACACUCUCAAGAGCUAUCUACUUGAUGUCCAGCGUAUUCUGAUCCAGCUCUACUCUAACGCCAAUGCGCGCCAGGCACCCUUCGUUGAUCACAGCGGUGUGUUGCGGGAUUCGAAGACCGGGCGGGCUCUGAAUGGCAACUCGGACGACGAGGACUCAGGGGAAAUUGACAUAUCGGGUUAUUCCUUUUUCGAUACAAAUGAUGUCAAGCUUCUUGGGCAGCGCAAGGUGUCUCCGUAUUCAAACAUUGGCGCUUGUCUUUUUGCCGCAAAUCGCACGACUGUACAUGCAGACAGCGAGAGCGACGACUCAACGGAGACUCAGAUAUCUCCUUCUGAGACUCCUCUAGAAGCCGGUUUCACUGCCGACAAGGACGCCUGGACGGACUUUGUCAGAUAUCUGGGCUCGCAGUCGUCCGAGGGAAUCACGAGGAUAUACUGGCUUACAAGAUUCGAUGCGAGGUUGCGGAUCAUGAGCUAUGGUUCAAAAACGAUGAUUAAUCUCUUCGAUGGAGAUUUCCUAAACAGAGCCAACAUCGCUGAUCUAACAACGGAGAACCUUUGGUUUAAUCUCGCCGCGCUAUUCCGAUGGUAUCAAGUUGACAACACGGUCUCUCAGCCAGUUGAACAGGUCCACGAGACACAUCCAUCCUCUGAUGCGAUCCAUUCUGUCAUCAAGACAGCGAUCAUAUACACUGACGAGUUUCUUCUCGGCCACUUUCUCGGACGCACAUUCAGUUCCUUGACGAAGAAGUACGCGGCAGACGCUAUCCGCGCGACGACUUCUACGUGUCUUGUCUCCGCUUUCUACGAAGCAGAUGUCCAGAUGCUGCACAUCACCAGUCUGGGCAACAUGCGCGCUUUUCUCGGCCGACCGAUAGAAGACGCAGCCACCGACGGGCCACAACAAUAUGCUGCGCACGUCCUCUCCGUCGAUCAUUCCCCCCAAAACCCAUCGGAAAAACAACGGAUAGCGGGAUUUCACCCAGGUGAAGAGGAUCUCUUCGAAGACGACUUGUUCCUCGGCCGAAGCUACACUCGUGCUAUUGGCGACGGCAAGCUCAAGUGGUCAACCGGAACCCAACAAAGACUACAUGCCGACUACCUCGGCUCCGCUCCCGACCCCAAAGUGCGGACCCCGCCUUACAUUUCUGCAGAGCCGGAUAUUACCGCCAUCAAGAUCAAGCCGGGAGAUUUUCUUGUCCUUUCCUCCAACUGGCUGUCGAAAUCGCUGACUAGCGAAGAGGUCGUCGGGCUUGUGGGAGACUGGCUGAACAAGAACAGACACACUCACCUGUACGAUCCUAUCGACCCGUCCUUCGCACCGGAGGGCAAAGCCGUCGAAAUUCCCGCAGAAGAGCUGCCUGUCACUCUGAAGGAGGACAAUACAACCAUGUUCCGACGCUGGAAUGUGCCCAAACGGUUUAUUACCGUAGAGCAGAAUCCUGCGACUCACGUCGUGAAUAAUGCGCUAGGCGGCGCCAAUCUGGAACUCAGAUCAGCCCUGGAGGAACUGCCGCUGGAAGGAUCGGAGGGCAAUUUAUGCAUUCACACUCCGCCGCAGGCGCGGCAGGGCAUCGUCCAUCAUCACUCCUCAUCCCCCAGUCCGUUACGAAUCGUCAUGUCUGGGUGGCAGCAGCCGGGAUACCAAUACCCCAUGCAAACGGGGUAUCCUGGUGCUAAUCCACAAUACCAGCAGCAGCCCGCUCAGUUCCAGCAACCUCCCCAAGGAAACCUCUCUUUCUUGCAAAACCCUCCGCAGCAGCAGCAGCAGCCGGGUCUCGUCCCUCAGCGGACGGGAUAUGUACCACCCGUCGGGAUGCAGCAGCCGAUGCAGCCCCAGGCGACGGGCUACCCAGGUGGAGGCGGCGGCUUUUUGCAGUCGCAGCCCACGGGUUACGUCAGUGGUGGAAAUUUCCAGACGCAACACCGCCCUGCCCCGCCCCCGCCCGUCCCAGCGCUCCCUCCCCAGUUCGCCGGACAGGGCAGUGCUUUGUUGGGUGCCCAGCAGCCGAGUCGUUUCAUGAGCACGUCGCCCGGGCCGAUGGGCCUCGUUUCUCAGGCCACGGGUUUUCCCGGUCAGCGGCCGCUUGUUGCGCAGCCGACAGGCUUCGUGGAUCCCCGCUUGGCGCUCAUGUCGAACUCCUUCAUGCCUAUGAACACCGGCUCGCCGUAUUCCGCCGGUGGCGCCCCGCAACUGCAGACUGCGAACGCCAAUUUGCAGCAAUCGUUCCAGCAGAUCCAGGCGCAGAAACCGCGCAUCUCGUGGGCGUUGGGGAAAGCAGAGAAGAAGAGCUACGAUGCUAUCUUUCGGGCUUGGGAUGCGCAGAACACAGGGUUCAUCAGUGGACAGACAGCUUUGGAGGUGUUCGGGCAGAGCGGACUUUCCAAGGACGAUUUGGCGCGGAUCUGGACCCUUGCUGAUAUCGAUGACCGGGGAAAGCUGAAUAUUGCUGAGUUCCAUGUUGCGAUGGGAAUCAUCUACCGAAGACUCAACGGCAAUGACAUUCCAGACCAGUUACCCCCCGAACUCAUCCCUCCUUCGUCGCAUGGCAUCGAAGAUUCUGUCCACUUCAUGCGUGACAUCCUCAAGAAUGAGACCCGAUCCCAGAACCAGUCCCCGUCGGACGGUCCCACCUCCUACUUGCCCAACCGGUCGCUCAAUUCCAAUACCAACUCUGGUCGAGAUGCUGGCCGUGAUGCAACUAUUUACAAGCACAAUGACACGCGCGAAGCCUACAAGCCGCGGAAUCGACAUGUCGACAGGGACGCCGUGCGCUCGACGUCGGAAAUGGAUUCGCCAUCGGCUGACCUCAGUGACAUUCAGCGUCAGCUGAAGAACACUGCCUCCAUGCUUGAUCGUGCUGCGGAGGCAGAUCGGUCUCGCAAUGCGGAGGACGAGGCUCUGAGUCAGGAGUUGGAAGAUCUUAAGUACCGGGCGGAACGUAUCAACGAGGAUCUGGCUUACACUCGCCGGGGAAUCCCGUCUGCCGCGAAGGAUGAUGAGCGCCGCAGGCUUGAACGGGAACUAAUGGAGCUUAUGCACGUGAAGGUUCCCGAGGUUGAACGUCGUCUGAAGCAGAGGGAAGAGAGAAAGGAGAAGGAGAAAAGAGAGGAAAACCGCGAGCGUGAUCGAAGAAACGAACGUUUCGGACGAUACGAUGACCGGGAUCGCGACCGUGACUACGACAGGGAUCGUCGACGUUACGACGAUGAGGAGCGCGACAGGCCCUACUCUCGCGGUGGAGGAUACCGGGACGACCGCGACUUUGAUCGCGGUCAGUACCGUCGGCCGUCUCCUUCUCUGAGGGAUCGUGAGUAUGAACGCGAUGACCGCCGAGAGCGCGAUUACGAUCGACCUCGAAGUGCAGCGCCCCCAGAAGCUGCACCAACUCCACCGCCAGCCGCAGCGCGUCCAGCGGCAACCCCAUCGCCAGCUCCAGCCACCAAGAACAUGACCCCCGAGGAACGCCAAGCCUUUGCUCGGGCGGAGGCCAAACGACGAGUGGAAGCACGGAUGGCCGCCCUCGGCGUGACACCGUCGCCUGGGUCAGCAGCUCCUGCGAUCGAUACUAGCAUUGAAGAGCGUCUAGCCCAGGAAAAGAAGGAAGCGGAGCAGAAAGCCUUGCUUGCUGCCCAAGAGGCCGAAGCCAGAGAAGCAGCACGCAAGGAGAGAUUGGCGAGCGAGAAGGCGCUGAGAGAGCCGACGCCUGUUCCUACGCCAUCAACUAGCGCGGCUCCACCGGCCCCGACGCCCGUUCCUACUCCGUCAAGGCCAGCCGCUGCUCCUCCGAAGCCGAAGGCAGCGCCGCCGCCCCCAGCGCCGCGGUCGAAAGUCGCCCCACCGCCUCCCAAACCUCGUGCAGCGCCACCACCAGCUGCCCCUCCCAGGGCUCCCGCCCCUCCUCCGGCGCCAGCUGUUCCCGAAGUCGACCCGGAGGAAGAACUUUACCGGCAGAAGGAAGAGCAGCUCCGGAAGCAAAGGGAAGCUCGGGCUGCGCGACUGCGGCAGUUGGAGCUGGAAGAGGAACAGGCUGCAAAGGAAGAAGAGGAUAGGAUUCGGGCUCGAACUUUGGCUCGUCAGCAGGCGAGUGCGCCUCAGCCAGCGAGCCCUGCUGCACCUAGCAGUGAUCUUUCGGCCAGCGUGACAAGCUUCAGCACCCGUUCGCCAUCGCCUGUCCUGGUUGCCGUCCCGACUCCGACCCCUCCCCCUGCUACAAUAGUCGAGAGCCCACCUACCGCGGGCAAAUCGAACAAUCCUUUCGACAGGAUCCGAGCAGCUGGCGGGGGAACCCCCGCCUCCCCUCCUGUAGUCGGUGGCACUAAUCCGUGGGAAUCCGCAAUCGCGACACCCCCGGUAGCAUCGCCGGCGAGUCCUCCUGCUGUUCGAAACAACCCUUUCCCGGCUCCGGUCAAAACACUGUACAACACAGCACCUACUGGAUUGGGCGAGGAUGACUGGGAAGAUGUCGUGGAAAACGAAGGCAGCGACUCGGAUAGCGACGAUGAGCCGAAUCGGAAUACGAGGCGGAAGCUAGCGGAGGAGUUGUUCGGUGGUAUAUUGCCACCUGCCGGACCGCGGAGUGCGACACCCCAGACCCCAGCUGUCUCUUCGCCACCUGCUGCACCGGCACCGCCUCCACCGCCAAGUGCACCGGCAGCUCCUCCUCCUCCUCCCGCGGCUCCGAGGGCACCGCCGCCACCCUCCGCGGCCCCAGCUGCGGCACCUGGCGACAUGAGCGCUUUGCUCAAGUCAAUUCAGGGUGGUCUCAGCCUGCGCAAGACUGUCACAGUUGACAAGAGUGGGCCCGGGCUCUCAGGCAAAGUCAUCGGCGACUCUGCACCUCCAAGCCAUAUCUCUGCUGUACUACAGGCCCCGAGCCCUCCUCCAAUUCAGGCGGCUCCGUCGUCCAAGGACAAUCGCCAGAGUGUCGAUUGGUAUGCCGGCUUGGCUGCCGAUGCCGCACCGCCGGUCAUCGAUGUGUUGCCCCCGAUGAAGGAAGAGAGCGAAUAUGACGAACCGUAUGGUACGGUGCCCGAUAUCCAUGUCGAGCACGAGCCGGAGGCCAGCGGCGAGAGCGAUCUGAUGGCUGAUAUCGACAAGAGUGUUGAACUCCGGGUCCGGUCGCUCUACGCUUAUCAAGGUGACGGGCCCGACGAUCUGUCUUUCUCUGAUAACAUCAUUCUGCUGGCGAACCCAUCGAAGUCGGGAGGAGAUUGGUGGUUUGGCAAGUCCCUGCGAGAUGGAAGCAAGGGUUUGUUCCCCAAGACCUACGUGCAGGAGAUCCACGCUGUGAAAGCCAAGGCAGUGUAUGCUUACGCAGCUGGGAACCCCGACGAGGUUUCGUUCGACGAGGGAGAACAGCUCACGAUCAUCGAUCAUUCCGAAGAUGAGUGGUGGAAAGUGGAGAAGGGCGGAGAGAUUCUGAUCGCACCGGCUGGCUAUCUGGAACUCGUAGAGGUACCCAAUUCCGCUAUUACGACCGCCCCUGCCAACCUAGAGAAGGAUGCUCCCGAGUCCGAUUCCGAUUCCGAGGAAGACGACGACGACGAAUACGGAGACGGCGAGGAGUCUGACUAUCACUCACUGGACGGCAGCGACGACGAAAAUGGAGAAGCGAGAGAACAUGAGCGACAGUUGGUUCUGGAAGCUGCUGGGCUGAUCUUGAAGAACGAUGCUGUCCCGCCUCCUCCUCCAACUAGGAGACGAUCGUCCAAAGAUGAUGCGGAGCCCAAGAAAAGACGGCGUCCGCCGCCAGCAGCGCCGAUAUCCUCUCGAGCGGCGACGAAAGAGCUGCCUCCCAUCCCGCUCGAUGAUGCGUUUGAACGCUACGAGGCGUUCCGCGAGCAGAGGCUGAGCAGUGAAGGUCAUCGACUGAGUGUCGCGUCGAUCGAAGUCCCAUCGUCCCCGACCAUGAGUAUGACUCCCAGUGUGUCGUCUGAGGGAACGACGACAGGCAGAGGGUAUUCGCAUUUUCUUCAUUUCCUUGGUCGGAAGACGCCUAAUUCUGGAGGGGAAGACAAGAUCAGGCCCAUGAUCUCUGGUCCGAUUUUGCAGCAGGUGGAGGGGGCUGAGACGAGGGCGAACAGCCCUGCAUUCGGCAGUUCCUGGGCGAGUCUGGUCGACAAGUCGGCGCUGGAGGGUAUCCCCACCAACGAGCGCAAGCGCCAGGAGGCGAUAUUUGAGCUGAUUGCCACAGAAAUCACCUAUGUGCGGGAUCUGCAGCUGAUCGUUGAGACAUUCUACGCUCGGAUGCUGCCGAUUCUGGAACGAAAAGCCAUCACGGUGGUGUUUGCCAACAUCGAGGACAUUCUGCUGACAAACACAACUUUGAUGUCCUCGCUCGAGGAGCGACAAAAGGAGUGCCGGCUAUACGUGGACCGGAUCGGGGACAUCUUGAGUGGACACAUCUGCGACUCGAACAUGGAUAUGGUGUACAUGGAAUACUGCGUCAACCAGAGUACAGCGGCGAAAGUCCUGCAGUCGCUGCGUGCGCAGAACCCGGAGGUCGAGAAAGUGCUGAGUGGGCUGAAAGCCGAGCUCGCAACGCGGAACCUGGAUCUGGAGCACUACCUGCUGACCCCCAUGCAACGGAUCACACGGUACCCACUGCUCAUCAAGCAAAUCCUGCACUUCACAGAGGCGGGCGACGAGCACCGCGCGGUGCACCAGUCGCUGAACGCAGCUGAGCGCAUCCUGCGGCGGAUCAACGAGUCGAUCCGGCAGCUCGAGGGCCGGGAGACACUCGCUCGGGUCUCCCAGACGCUGUGGAUCGGGCAGGGGCGGCUUGAUCUCACUGCGCCCACGCGACACAUGGGCGCACGGCAGCUGAUCAAGGAGGGCCCGCUGGUGAAGUGCAAGAGCGGGCGCAGGCUGCACGGGUAUCUGUGCUCGGAUAUUCUCGUACUGGUGUCGAGCGAGAAGACGCUCUAUCGGCUGCCGAUCCCCCUGCGGGGCGUCAGAGUGGGGGACUACGGAAACGACGAGUCUGCGUUCCAGAUUGAAGGCAUCGCACUCAGGGCGACCGGGGUCAGGGACUGCCAGGUCUGGAUGAGCGAGAUUGAGCGUGCUGCGAAAAAGUGUGCUGACGCGGAGAGGAGGUCGACGCUAUAAUGUGUACUACUAAUAUAUCAAGUUAAUGGACCUUUUUUGGAUCACAAUAACCGCACUCAGCAAGUGGCACCAUGAUAUGGGCUUGAAGUCG